AUGACCCGUAAUCCCGAUAAUAUCAAGGACCCCCGGAUCCAGCCGUGGCAGACGGUUGUCAACAAUAUCUUGUUUGCCUGCUUCAUCUCGUCUCUCAUUCUGGCUGCCGAGAAGAUCCUCGUUCAGCUGAUUUCCAUCUCCUACCACCGCAAGCAAUUCGACUCGAAGAUCCAAGAGUCCAAACGAAACGUCCAUCUGAUCAGCAUGCUCUACGCUGCCUCCCGCAAGAUGUUCCCGGAGUACUGCAAGGAGUUCGAAAUGGAAGAUUAUAUUAUCAACGACUCCAUCAUGGGCAUAACAGGCAAGAAGAAGGGCCAUGGCCGUUCAGGAUCUGCCUCUCCCAUGCGUUUGAUCCAGAACGUCGGUCAGAACGUGGGCCGAGUGGGUGACAAGAUCACUGCCGCGUUCGGCCAUGUCGCGCAAGAAAUUACAGGAAAGCAGGUCUUUAACUCCACUUCUGCCCAUUCAAUUGUUAUUCUGGCACUCGAGAAACGCAAGUCUUCUGAGGCCCUGGCUCGCCGCCUGUGGAUGUCGUUUGUGCUUCAGGGACGAGAUGCUCUGUACCUUGAUGACUUAUAUGAUGUCUUUGGGCCAGACCACCGUGCCGAAGCGGAGGAGUGCAUGGCUGCUCUCGACAGAGAUGAUAACGGCGAUAUCAGCUUGGACGAGAUGAUCCUUACAGUCACUGAGUUCGGCAAGGCGAGACAGUCCAUGAGCAAGUCCAUGCAUGAUGUUGACCAGGCCAUCAACGUCCUUGACAAUCUCCUCUUAGCCGUCGUCUUCAUCUUGGUCGUUCUCGUCUUCGUCGCAUUCCUAAACAAGGGGUUUGGCACCACCUUGGCUGCCGGAGCUACGGCUCUUUUGUCCCUCUCCUUCGUUUUCGCUGCCACUGCCCAGGAGGUCCUCGGCUCAUGCAUCUACCUAUUCGUCAAGCAUCCUUACGAUGUUGGUGAUCGUGUCCAUAUCAACGACAAUGAGCUCAUGGUUGAGCACAUCUCUCUUUUGUUCACCGUCUUCCGGAACAUUCAGCACCACAAGACCAUCCAGGUACCCAAUAUCGUGCUCAACACCCAAUGGAUUGAAAAUGUCACUCGCUCCAAGGCCAUGCGUGAACAGAUCACGCUAACCUGCGACUUUGGUACCUCUUUCGGCGAUAUACAGCUUCUCAAACGUGAGAUGCAAGCUUUUGUCCGGGCCAAGGAUAACGCCCGUGACUUUGGCCCAGAUGUCGAUAUCGAAGUCUCGGGUCUCGGAGAGAUGAACAAACUUGAGCUCAAGGUUGAAAUCCACCACAAAUCCAACUGGCAUAAUGAAGUUGUUCGAGCCACCAGACGAUCUAAGUUCCUCUGUGCAUUGGUCCUAGCUAUAAAGAAAAUCCCGAUCUACGGUCCUGGAGGUGGCGAUGCCGCUCUCGGCGAUAUUUCCAAGCCAUCGUACUCUGUCUCCAUCUCCCAUGAACAAGCCCAGCACAGCAAGGACGAAUAUGCCGCCAACAAGGAAGCCAAACGCAUGAUUCCAACGGACCAGAUGGACGAGGCCCUCUCUGCGGAUCCUGCACCCCUAUCUCCUCGCCCGGGCGCUGGUACAGGUGCCGCAGCAGCAGCAGCAGCAGCAACUUCCGCCUCAGGCCUAACAUACCGCGGCUCCACAGCGAGCAACUCAACGUCCAACGUCCACUCACCACAUAACCCCGAAGCUGCAUUCGCCAGCGCCCUUAACUCCCGUCCCCCAAUGGAAAGCACCCCGUCCUCAGCAAAUGUUACACAAGAACAUCUUAUCCGCGGACCCUCGACGGGACACAGACGCCUGAGCCAGAACCCUAACCAGAACCCAUCUGGCCGUCAAGGCAUGUCACCCAACACACCCGCUACCGAAUACCAGCAAUACGAUUAUGAGAAUUCAAAUAACCCAUUCAGGGCAGCUAGUCCACCGGCCCAGAUGUACGGCCAACCCGGUCCCUCCAGCCAGAGCCCGACCCCGACGGGUACUGUCCACCCCGCUACCAUCAUAGCCAGGGGUCAAGGUCAGGGACAACAAGGUCAGCCGCCGCUAGGCCAGGGGCCCCCGCGUGUCUAA